UAUUGAUGUGUCCUAUAUUGCAAGAAUUGAGUUCUAGCAGAACUUUAUGCUGCGUGGAUGAUUUUUGACAAUCCACAGUUAAAAGUUAAAAGUCGAAUGUUGACAUAUGUAUUUGAGAUAUAAUAUUUCCAAUUGUUUGGUUCUUUAUGUAGUCCUAAAAUUACAUAUAUUAACCUAACAAAAACUUCACAUUUAAGAAGUAGUAAAGUACUUGUUACAAAAGAUUUGUAAUAGAAGUAAAGAUUUCUAUAAAACGGGUUAACCAUGAUGAGUUUACGUGACAGGCAGAUAAAUGCCUUAAAACAGAUGUUAAAUUUAAAUCAACCCGAACAAAAAUUGGAAGAAGCAGUACCAGUAUGGAAAGUUUUAAUUUACGAUCGACUUGGACAAGAUAUUAUCUCACCAUUAAUAUCUGUAAAAGAACUUAGAGAACUUGGCAUUACUCUCCACAUGCAGUUGCACUCUGACAGAGAUUCUAUUCCUGAGGUACCAGCAAUUUACUUUUGUGCACCAACGGAUGAAAAUCUUGGUAGGAUCGGACAGGAUUUACAGAAUGGUUUAUAUGAUAUUUAUCACUUAAACUUUAUCUCACCGAUAUCUCGACAAAAAAUGGAAGAUUUAGCAGCUGCAGCCUUACUUGGAGGUGUUGUAUCAAAUAUUCACAAAGUAUUUGAUCAAUAUUUAAAUUUCAUCUCUUUGGAAGAUGAUUUAUUUAUUCUUAGACAUCAAAAUAGCGAUGUUAUAUCUUAUCAUGCGAUUAACAGAGGUGAAGUAAAAGACACUGAAAUGGAAUCUGUAAUGGAUAUUAUUGUUGACUGUUUAUUUUCUGUAUUUGUCACAUUGGGAACUGUUCCAAUCAUAAGAUGUCCAAGAGGAAAUGCAGCUGAAAUGGUUGCCAAAAUGAUAGACAAAAAAUUAAGAGAAAAUGUUUGGGACACAAGAAAUAAUUUAUUUGAAAGUGAAACAAGUGGCCAUUAUAGUUUUCAGAGACCACUUCUUAUAAUAUUAGAUCGUAAUAUAGAUAUGGCCACACUAUUACAUCAUACAUGGACAUAUCAAGCAUUAGCACAUGAUGUAUUGGAAAUGGCCUUAAAUAGGUUGGUUGUAGAGGAAAAUGUAGGAAGAUCUCCUGCAGGUGGAACACGAUCAAAGACCAGAGCUUAUGAGCUGGACAAUAAAGAUAGAUUUUGGUGCCAACACAAGGGCAGUCCAUUCCCUAGAGUAGCUGAGGCUAUACAAGAAGAACUAGAACAAUAUCGUACUUUUGAAGAGGAUGUUAAAAAACUUAAAUCUUCUAUGGGUAUUGAUAAUGAGAGUGAAGUAGCAUUGUCAAUGGUUUCCAAUAAUACAGCACGUUUGACAAAUGCUGUAAAUUCUUUACCACAACUUUUAGAAAUGAAGAGAUUGAUAGAUAUGCAUACAUCAAUUGCAACAGGUAUUUUAAAUUUCAUAAAAUCUCGUAGACUGGAUACAUUUUUUGAAUUAGAAGAAAAAAUAAUGUGCAAGCAAACAUUAGAUAGAAGUGUAUUGGAAACAAUAAGCGAUCCCGAUUGUGGUACUCCAGAGGACAAGUUACGUCUUGCUAUUAUAUAUUAUCUUUAUACUAAUAUGUCGGAUAGCGAGUAUAAUAAACUUGAGGCAGCAUUGUCUGCUGCUGGUUGUGAUUUAAAUCCUUUAGUAUACAUAAAAAGAUUGAGAAGUUAUACUAGAAUAGCAGAAAUUCAAAACAGUUAUGAAGGUGGUGGAACUAAGACAGUUAGUAUGUUUUCAAAACUUAUGAAUCAAGGAUCAUCUUUUGUGAUGGAAGGAGUAAAAAAUUUAGUUGUUAAAAAGCAUAAUUUACCAGUCACAAAAAUAGUUGAUGAAUUAAUGGAAUCAAGACAAUCGUCUCAAACGGAUGAUUACUGUUAUUUAGAUCCAAAGCAGCUGAAGCAUACCGAACAAAUGCCAAAGAAUCGACCAACAUUCCAAGAUGUAAUUGUUUUUAUUGUUGGUGGUGGAAAUUACAUAGAAUAUCAAAAUCUAGUGGACUAUGUAAAACAGAAAAGUGGGGCUGGGUUUAAUAAACGAAUCACAUAUGGUUCAACAACAUUUAUUAAUGCUAAACAAUUACUUAAGCAACUUUCGGUUUUGGGACAGGAGGUUCAUUCGUAAAUUUCAAAGAUUAAACAAUUACCUAAAGAAAUAUUUAUCGUUUACUUUUCUUAUAACGUACGCUGAUUUUUCAUAUUGUUGUUAUUGCCUACUUGUAAAAAUGUAAAAUAAAUAAAAUACGAUUAAUUAUUUUA